ACUAUCAUCACACGUGUUUAAAUGUUACAUCGUGUGUUCCAAACUAGUUUUUUUGGAACAAGCAUUCGUAAUCGUCGUCUUGUUGUCUAUAAUUAUUACAUAAUAAUAAUUACUAAAACAAAACAAAAAUGGAGAUAAUUAUUGGAACAUAUGAAGAGUUUCUUGUUGGAUUUCAAUUGAAAAAACGAUCAUCGAUACAGGAAGAACAAAAUGAUUUAUCAAAUGAAUAUCUGUUGGAACAAAGUUUUACCAAUCAUGGCCAUAGUGGAAGUGUUCGAUGUUUAGCAUCAUCAAAUAAAUAUAUCGCUUCAGGCAGUAUAGAUGAACGUAUCAAUUUAAUAAAUAUACGUCAUCGUUGUGAAACCGGAACAUUAAUAUCACAUUCAGGAACGAUAACAGCAUUAGAGUUUUUACGAACAUCAUAUUUAUUUUCGGCAUCCGAUGAUGGAACAAUUUCAAUUUGGUCAGCAGGAAAAAUAUGGAAUUUAGAGAAAGUAUUACGUGGCCAUAAAGAUGCAGUUACAGCCAUUAAUGUUCAUCCAUCGGGUAAACUAUUACUAUCAAUAUCAAAAGAUCUGACAUUAAGAACAUGGAAUCUAAUCAAAGGACGAUGUGCAUAUAUUGUCAAUCUUAAAGAAGUUGGCCAUCAAGUAUUAUGGUCUCCUUCAUGUUUAUAUUUUGCCAUCAUAUUUGAUACCCAUAUCGAUGUAUAUGAUAUAAGUAAUGGAUCGAUUAAAUUUCAUAUUUCACAAAAAGAUAUUGGUUUGAUUGGUAAACGAUUCAACAAGAUUGUAUAUUUAGAUGAUAAUCGAAUAAUAAUCACUAGUGAUUCACCCGAUUUAAUAGUAUAUGAUUUGGAAAUGAAAAAAGUUAUUAAUAGAAUUGAAAAAGCACAUGAAAAUCGUAUCAAAGAUUUAACAUUAAUCGAUUUGAAUCGAAUGGAAUUGGAUGAAAAAUUAUCCGAAUUGAUUGAUAAAACGCAACGACAAUCACAUCAGCGUUGGCUUCUUACCUGUUCAAGUGAUGGUUUCAUCAAAAUUUGGCUGUUCAAUUUUGAUGACUUGACAGAAAAGCCGACUUUAAUCGCCAAAGUUGACAGUACUUGUCGACCGACUUGUAUGGCCGUUUGGACUUCUUUAAUAACUUCUAACACAGAGCAAGGUUUUACAUUGCCAGAGCUCAAAAUUUCAAAAGAAGAAUUGAAAUCUUGUCUUGCUAAAGCAACAAAAAAAUCCAAAAACAUUGAACCUGAAAUUCUCGAAUCUGAUGCAGUAACAAAACAAAAGUUCGUGAUCUCAAAUGAUACUUCCAAUUCUAUAUUGGCUGAUAAUAAUAAUAAUCAUGACGAUGACAAACAAUCAUCAUCGAAAUUUGGUCAUGAUACAAUUGAUGAUGAUGGUGAUGAUGAUGAGAUGGCAAUCAGUCAGAUGAAGCAAAAAUCAAAAAUUAUUAAA